CAACGGCCACAUUGCUUGAGUGAGUGAGUCGUUGAUGCUCGAAUCGUACCAUGAGCGGAAGUUGUGAAGCGUCACCGGUAACAUACAAUACUGCGUGCGUUAAAGUCGUUCGUUGAAAACGACCCCCCCUGGGGACCGCAUCUUAUACCAAGAUCCCACUACUUGUUUUGUCUUACAAACAAGGGAGCGCGCGACAUCACGCGAAGAGCCGCAGAGAAGGCAAGAAGAAACUCACAUGACACUGAUACGCCGCAAUCGAUAAUAAUUUCGAGCCACUGGACAAGCUUCUCCCCCUCAUAAGCGCGCGACACAUGGGACAGGAGAAAGUCGUUUGAGAAAGUUGUAAUGGAGGCAAACCUGUCAGCGUCUGCCUUGGGCGAGCCGGCCCGCCUGGGCUUCGGCUUCUUCCUCCUGCCCUUCGCCACCUUCAUCUGCUUCCUGGCCCCGGUUCUCUAUCUGUUCCCCCCAAUUCCGGCCACGAUCAGCGACGCACUGCUGGCAACGCACAAGAACAUCGGCCUGGCCCCGUCCAAGAGCAACCUUCGGGACCAGCAGCAGCAGAAGGAGAAGGAGAGGACCGGGGCCGGCGCCGCGAGGGUCAAGGCGCUCUGCAUGUACCCCAUCAAGUCGUGCCGCGGCAUCGAGGUCGCGCGGAGCAAGCUCCUCCCCACGGGUCUCGAAUUCGACAGGCUGUACACCCUGGCGCAGCUCAAGUCCCCGUUCCCCGUGUCCGUCGACGGCGCCGCCGGGGAUGGCCGGGACACGCACGCGUGGGAGUUCAUCACGCAGCGGCAGUUCCCCCAGCUGGCGACGAUCAAGGUGGACGUCUUCGUCCCGGACGCGACCAAGAGCACCGUGUUCCUCGAGAAGAGCGGCGACCCGUGGAUCGUGCUGCGCUUCCCCUGGCGCGAGUCCGGGUGGCGCGGGACCAUGCAGUGGGUCGCCGCCAAGAUCCGGAACGGGUGGCGCGGGGAGCCCGAGAUGGAGGUGCUGCUGCCGGUCGAGUUCCCCACCGAGAAGGAGAUCGAGGAGCGCGGGUACACGCGCGAGGACGUCAGGGUGUGGAAGGAGAUGGUCCCCGCGCUGAACAUGGGCAAGGAGAUCCCCCAGGAGCUGAGCCGGUAUCUGGGCGUGAGCAACAAGCUGACGCUGUUCCGCGUCGACCCGGGGAAGCUGAGGGAGGUGCACCGGUGUGCGCCGGCCAAGGAGGAGGCGGGGUACCAGCCCGUCGUCGGGUUCCAGGACGCGUAUCCCCUGCACCUCAUGAACAUGAGCAGUCUCCACGACUUCGACGCGCAGGUGCCCAAGGACAAGGACCUCUUGCACCUCGACGUCAGGAGGUUUCGGUCCAACAUUAUCGUCUCCGGUGCCCCGGCAUACGACGAAGAGUCGUGGAAGUCGGUCAAGUUCACCCAGGGCGCGUCCAAAGUCGGCACGCCUUCAAAGUUCCAGGUCUCGUGCCGCACAGUUCGUUGCAAAAUGCCCAACGUCGACCAGGUCACCGGCGUCCGCCACGGCGUGGAGCCGGAUAGGUCCCUCCGCAAGCUCCGCGACGUCGACGAGGGCGCCCCGCGCAUGGGGUGCCUGGGCAUGCAGAUGGUCCCCCUUUUCGAGGGCACCGACCGCGUCGAGUACAUGCAGGCCUGGCUCGAGGUUGGUAUGGCCGUCGAUGUGUUGGAGCGCGGGGAGCACGUCUACAUCAAGCAGUGAACUCGAUAGUGACUGGCUCGUGGGUUGGGCAGAUCACUUUGAUGGUCCUGGUGUAUGGGGAACGGUUACAGGUUUAGAAUGUAUAGACUGAGGUGGGAAGCAUACCCAACAUCAGGAGAACGGAUGAUGCAGUUGCGGGUAUAGGAUACGGGGCAAAAAAAGAUCAAA